UCCAUCUCUCCCUCUUUCUCAUGGCAAAAUCCUCCAGUUUUAAAGUUCUUGAGCACGGCAAAGUUUCUCCACCACCCAAUUCAGCUCCACCAACUACUCUCCCUCUAACUUUCUUGGACAUACCUUGGCUUUUCUUCUCUCCAAGCCAACCUCUCUUCUUCUAUGAAUACCAUCAUUCCGCCUCUCACUUUCUUUCCUCCACUCUCCCCAACCUCAAGCACUCUCUUUCCCUUGCUCUCAAGCAUUUCUUCCCUUUUCUGGGAAAUCUUGUUCUUUACUCUUAUGAAUGUAAUUAUAAGCCCAAGAUUGUUUACAGUGCAGGGGACUCUGUCUCAUUUUCUGUUGGAGAGUCUAGUGGUGAUUUCAGGAACUUUACUAGUAAUCAUGCAAGAGAUGUGCAUGAGUUUUACCCUCUUGUGCCUGAGUUGGCUACUAGUUGUGUAGCAACUGGGAAAGAAGGAUUUAUUCCUUUACUUGCAGUGAGAGUUACCAUUUUUCCUCAUAUGGGUAUUUGCAUUGGGUUUUCAUUUCACCAUGUGGCAGCUGAUGGGAGAACAUUCAACAAUUUCAUCAAGGAAUGGGCUUCACUAUCUGCAAAUUCUUGUUUCUUAAUCAAUUCUUUUCCAUCUUUUGAUAGGUCUGUGAUAAAAGAUCCAUAUGGGCUUGAGGAGAUUUUCUUGAAGGAAUUGUGGAAGAGAAAAUCUUCACGAGAAAUGGUUAUAGGUACUGAAACCCAUGUGGAUUUGUCAAAUAUGGUUAGAGCCACAUUUGUGGUGAGUUCAUUAGAUAUGGAGAGGAUCAAGAAACGGAUCAUUAGUAAAUGCAAGGAAAAGGGUCAGCCAAUGCCUAUACAUUUAUCUCCAUAUGUAUUAGCCUGUUCUUUUAUUUGGGUUUGUUUAGUAAAAGUCCAAAAUCAAAUUGAUCAAAAUUAUUAUUCAGAAGAAGAUCCAAAUUAUUUCGGGUUUAUUGCGGGCGGUCUAACCCGGUUGGACUAUCCGGUAUCUGCCACAUAUUUUGGUAAUUGUGUAGGAUUUGGAAGAUCAACAGCAAUUAGGGGGGAAUUAAAGGGAGAAGAUGGAAUUAUUGUUGCUGCAAAUGUGAUUGGAAACAAGAUCAAGAAGUUGGAUAAAGAAAUUCUUUGUGGGGCGGAAAGGUGGAUCUUGGAUUGGGAAGUGUUAUUUGGAUCAGAGGUCCAUCUUAUGAUUUCUGGAUCACCUAAAUUGAAUCUUUAUGAGACAGAUUUUGGAUGGGGGAGGCCUAAGAAGAUAGAGGAUAUUUCAAUUGAUAGGAGCAGAGCCAUUUCACUAGCUGAAAGUAGAGAUGUAGAAGGUGGAAUUGAGGUUGGAUUAGCUCUACCUAAGAGUCAAAUGGAAGCUUUUACCUCUUUUUUCAUUGAAGGCCUCAAGAUUCUUCAAUAAUGACUCUCUCUCUCUCUCUCUCUCUCUCUCCAAUAAUUAAUCUUUUUGUGGGGUGAUUUGCUCCCAACUUAUGGAAGUGAUGUCUUAUCACAAGUUGA